AUUAAAAACUCCCAGCCCGCCGCCCUCACCCUUUUUCACAAUCUUUUCUCCCUCCUCUUCCUCCUGUUGAAUCUCUUCCUCUCUCCAACCUCCCGUUCCCUUUCUUCCUCCUGGUUAUCCGUCUUCCUCCAGACGCAUCUCCACUCAAUCAUUUGAUUUUCUUUACACGUCCUGUCUGCGACGGUUUAUCAAGUGCGAUAUUCGCCUAGAUCGACCCCGCCUUCGCAAGAAGUUCAGAGACUACACACCCACGAAGUGCCAUACUAGAGCAGAAGAACUACGAUCCUCCAGUCGUUUGUCUCUUCUCGCGGGCCUUUUCCACCUCUCAAUCGUCCUUUUCCCGGUCACGAUAGAGUUAUAGACUUCGCAUCUAGACGCUUUAGACGUUCAAGAAUCGCGAGUUUUCCCUCCCCACGAAUAUCUCAACAAACACCCUCCCGAUCGACAUAAUACCAACCGUCAUAAUGUCUUCCGAGAACGCCCAGUCCGUCAAGGUUUUGGACGAGCUUUUCCAGAAGCUCACCGUCUCCAAGGAGGCUGCCGACAUCAAGGAGUCCUCCAGCUCCCUGGCUUCCUUCAUGAACGGCCGCAUUGAGGAUCAGGAUGUUCCCACCAAGACCAUCGAGUCUAUCCGCAAGCUGUUCAACAACAAGAAGGAUGCCGCUGCCCGUGAGAAGGCCGCUGUCGCCAUCACCGCCAUUGCUCAGCACUCCGAGGUCUCCGCUCACGUCGAGCCCCUCCUCGUCGCUCUCCUUCCCGAUGUUCUUGCCGCCGCUGGUGACAAGAUCACCGGUGUGAAGAACGCCGCCACCGCCGCUGCUCUUGCCAUCGCUGAGGCCAUCAACCCCAACGCUGUCAAGGGUGUCUUCGCCCCCGUCAAGAAGUCCCUCCUCGAGGCCCAGAAGUGGCAGGAGAAGAUGGCUGCUCUCGAUGUCCUCGAGACCGUCAUCCGCACCGCCCCCGCCCAGGUCGGCUACCGCGUUCCCGACUUGAUCCCCGUCGUCUCCGAGUCCAUGUGGGACACCAAGAAGGAGGUCAAGGAGCGUGCCUACAAGACCAUGGAGGCCAUUUGCCAGCUCAUUGUCAACCGUGAUAUCGAGCGCUUCAUUCCCGAGCUUAUCAAGUGUAUCGCCAAGCCCGAGAACGUUCCCGAGACCGUUCACUUGCUCGGUGCCACCACCUUCGUCACCGAGGUCCAGGAGCCCACUCUUGCCCUCAUGGUUCCCCUGCUUGACCGUGGUCUCGCCGAGCGUGAGACCGCCAUCAAGCGUAAGGCCGCCGUCAUUGUCGACAACAUGUGCAAGCUUGUCGACGACCCGAACAUUGUCGCUCCCUUCUUGCCCAAGAUGAUGCCUGGUCUCCAGAAGAACUACGACAACUUGGCCGACCCCGAGGCCCGUGAGAAGACCAAGCAGGCCCUCGACACCAUCACCCGUGUCGGUAACGUCGUUGACGGCAAGAUCCCCGAGGUCCGCCACGACUCCGACCUGGAGGUUGUCCUCCCCAAGCUCAAGGAGUCCAUCCCCUCCAAGUCCAAGGCCAAGGCCGAUAAGCUCGACGUUGUCCUCCAGUACGCCUCCAACAUCGCCGGUCAGCUCAUCGACGAGAAGGAGAUGGAGUCCGCCGUCUGGACUGAGGCCCUCAAGCCCUACAUCUCCGUCAUCGUUGGCGACGAGGAUGCCCAGAAGGUUGUCGAUGACUUCCGCAAGCGCGCCGCUCCCGGUGCCGCCGAGGAGGAGGAGGUCGACCCUGAUGAUGAGGAGGGUGAGGACCUUUGCAACUGCACCUUCUCCCUUGCCUAUGGUGCCAAGAUUCUUCUCAACCAGACCCACCUCCGUCUCAAGCGUGGCCAGCGCUAUGGUCUUUGCGGUCCCAACGGUUCCGGAAAGUCUACACUCAUGCGUGCCAUCAACAACGAGCAGGUUGAGGGUUUCCCCAAGCAAUCCGAGGUCAAGACCGUCUUCGUCGAGCACGACUUGGACUCUGCUGACACUGAGAUGACCACCAUCGAGUGGACCAUGAAGAAGCUUGCUGAUGCCGGUGUCGAGACCGCCCAGGCCGAUGUCGAGUCCAAGCUCAACGAGUUUGGCUUCACCGAGGCCAUGGUCAAGGGUGAGAUCUCUGCCCUGUCUGGUGGAUGGAAGAUGAAGCUGGCUCUUUGCCGUGCCGUCUUCGAGGCUCCCGAUAUUCUGCUUCUCGACGAGCCUACCAACCACUUGGACGUGAAGAACGUCAAGUGGCUCGAGGACUACCUCAUGAACUCCCCCUGCACUUCCAUCAUCGUCUCCCACGACUCUGGCUUCCUCGACAACGUCUGCCAGCACAUCGUCCACUACGAGCGCUUCAAGCUUAAGCGCUACCGUGGUAACCUUAAGGAGUUCGUCAAGAAGAACCCUGCCGCCAAGUCCUACUACGAGCUCUCCGACUCCGAGAUGGAGUUCUCCUUCCCCGAGCCCGGUUUCCUCGAGGGUGUCAAGACCAAGGCCAAGGCCAUUCUGCGUGCCAGCAAGAUGUCCUUCCAGUACCCCGGUACCACCAAGCCCCAGAUCUCCGACAUCUCCUUUCAGUGCUCUCUCGGCUCCCGUAUCGCCGUCAUUGGCCCCAACGGUGCCGGAAAGUCCACCCUUAUCAACGUCCUUACUGGUGAACUUAUCCCCACCGUUGGUGAGAUCUACCAGCACGAGAACAUCCGUAUCGCCUACAUCAAGCAGCACGCUUUCGCCCACAUCGAUAACCACUUGGACAGCACCCCCUCCGAGUACAUCCAGUGGCGUUUCCAGACUGGUGAGGAUCGCGAGACCAUGGAUCGCGCCAACAAGAUCAUCACCGACGCUGAUGAGGAGGCCAUGAACAAGAUCUUCAAGAUCGAGGGUACCCAGCGCCGCAUUAUCGGCAUCAACUCCCGCAGAAAGUUCAAGAACUCCUACGAGUACGAGUGCUCUUUCGCCAUUGGUGACAACGUCGGCCAGAAGAACGAGCGCUGGACUCCGAUGAUGUCCGCUGACAACGUCUGGCUUCCCCGUAACGAGCUUCUGGCUUCUCACCAGAAGAUGGUUGCCGAUGUCGAUAUGAAGGAGGCCCUCGCCUCCGGUCAGUUCCGCCCUCUGGUCCGUAAGGAGAUUGAGUCUCACUGCGCCAACUUCGGUCUCGAUGCUGAGCUGGUUUCCCACUCUCGCAUGCGUGGUCUGUCCGGUGGUCAGCGUGUCAAGGUCGUCCUUGCUGCCUGCUCUUGGCAACGCCCCCACUUGAUCGUCCUUGACGAGCCUACCAACUACCUCGACCGUGACUCUCUCGGUGCCCUGUCCAAGGCCCUGAAGAAGUUCGAGGGUGGUGUCAUCAUCAUUACCCACUCUGCUGAGUUCACCAAGAACAUCACUGAGGAGGUCUGGGCCGUCGUUGACGGCAAGAUGACUCCCUCCGGUCACAACUGGGUUCAGGGCCAGGGCUCUGGUCCCCGUCUCAAGGGUGAUGAGGGUGAGGAGGAGGAGAAGUUCGACGCCAUGGGCAACAAGAUCGUCAACACCAAGAAGAAGGUCAAGUUGUCCUCUUCCGAGCUCCGCAAGAAGAAGAAGGACCGCAUGGCCCGCCGCAAGCGUGGUGAGGAGGUUUUCUCCGACGAGGACGACAUUUAAACCAGUCGCCACGAGAUCGCUUUCCUUUCCAUUUGUCACGAGCCUUACAAAAGUCUUUUUUCGGUAACGCGGGUUGCAUGGUUACGGGCCUGUUUAUGAUUUCUUUGACGAGCACCCAUGAGAUUCCCCUUGAAAUGAAAUCGCCGGAUGAAGGAAUGACCAUCUCGCUGCGGGAUUGGAGGAUCCCGCGCGCGAGUGUGAGAGAGGUUCCUGGCGACAGGGAAUGAGGGGGUAAGAACAAGAGAGUAGAAAGAGUAAAUAGACGGCAAUACAAGCCAUAGACACUUCAA